UACCUCUGAAACUUGACCAAAACGCGAUAAUUUCGUUAAGAAAAAUAGGAAUAAGUCAGGUUUAAAUACCUAUAAAUAAAUUAAAUUGAUUAAAAAUGCAACAAAAGAAAGGAAGCUGGUUAAGUGUCUUCAAAAACAUUUAUCAUGAUGAAUUUCAAUGGUCACUCGUGAAAUCAGUCGGUGCUUUUAUUCUUGGAGUAAGAAUAGCUAAAGAACUUGUAGGUCUUGAAGUAAUGCCAGCAAUUCAAGCAUAAAAUUAAUCACCUUGAAUAUAAGAUAAACGACAUGAUAAUAAAAAGUUAGCAUUUAAAAGUUACAACAAAUA